AUGAAUAUCCUCAUUAACGGUGCAGGCAUUGCUGGUAAUGCGACUGCAUUUUGGCUUUCAAAGCUUGGGCACAACGUUACUAUUGUCGAGCGAUUCCCAACCCUCAGAGCCACAGGGCUACAAGUCGAUCUUCGAGGACAUGGCAUCGAAGUCAUGCGACUUAUGGGCCUGGAACAAGCUUUUCUAGACAGAAAGGCCCCUGAACAAGGACUACAAGUUGUGGAUAAGGCUGGCAGAAGACGAGCUUUCUUCCCUGCAAAUAAGCCUGGGGACGGUGUUCAGAAUUUCACAAGCGAGUUUGAGAUCAUGAGAGGAGAUUUGUGUAGCCUCAUGUAUGAAGCUACCAGGCAUCGAGCCAAAUAUCUCUUCAAUGUGUCCAUUGAAAAGUUCAACGACAAUGGCGACUCCGUUGAUGUGACCCUUACCAAUGGUACUACGGAGGAAUUUGACCUCGUCGUUGGCGCGGAUGGUCAGGGAUCCUCUACUCGCAAGAUGAUGUUUGAACCUGCCAUUGCGGACGCUGCGUAUCACCCAAUGAAGAAUGUCUAUAUGGCGUACUUCACCAUACGACAACCCAUGAUCGAAGGCGAAGAAUACAUCGCCACUACGUACAUGGCACCCGGUAAACGCGGCAUCAUGACACGAAGACAUAGCCCCAAUGAGAUCCAAGUCUAUCUUGGAUGUACAACACCGUCAGACCGACUAACGAAAUCUCAUCGUGGGGAGCAAUCGCAAGCUAUCAAGGCUGCCUGGGCAGAUGUGUUCAAAGGAGCGGGUUGGCAAUCUGAAGAGAUCACGAAGACCAUGAUGGAGUCCAAAUCCGACUUUUAUAGUGAAUGUCCGGCGCUUGUUAAGUUGAAGUCUUGGUCGCGAGGGCGGGUUACUCUUGCUGGGGAUGCAGGGUACUGUUCAACUGGGACGACAGGCAUGGGCACGACUUGCGCCAUGGUUGGGGCUUACAUUCUGGCCGGUGAAAUAGGAAAGCAUUGUUCAGGUACCGUGAGAGGGAACACGAGUGCCACAAGUGGCGGAACGACAGAACAGCUCGCUGCGGCCCUCGACUCGUAUCAGCAAAAGUUCCAGCCGUUUAUGGAUCAAGUACAGAAAGAUGUUUCUGUAUCGGAUGACACGGGGUUAAUGGACAUGUUGACAUCGACUGCGUUUGGCAUUGCUGUUCUGAACAACUUGAUGGCAUUGGCUUCAUUCUUUCGAAUCAAUAUUGGCCGAUGGUUUCUCAAAGAGACUAUAAGGGACUGGGAACUCCCCAUUUAUGAGGGGAUGCGAGAUUGA